GUCGAACACGGAAAAACAUGGCGGUCUGGCGAGAAGUAGUAUGGCAGAGGGUCGUAAAUACAGACAUUUGUAUGAUUCAGCUCUCAGAGAUCACCGUGAUCAACAUGUUGUAAAUAAUUCUUGGAGAGAAAUAGCUCGCACUGUCGGAAAAGACGAGGACGCUGUUAAAAAUGCUGGAAAAACACGAGGGACCGAUGUGUGAAGCCAAGGAAGGGGAACAAACGGAAAAGCGGUGAUCCCGGUGGAAACAAGAACACUCCGCCAAUUCUAAAAGAGCGGAGUUGGCUCUCAACUUUCAUUAACAACUAUUAUAAACAACAGUCAUUUCUACUUCUAUGGUGUAGUGUUGGAUGCAUGCCGUAGAGCUCCAUGCUGCCCCCUACAGUUUGGGAGAAUAUUGGCUCACCGCAGAGACGAGCCGCAUGAACCAUAAACGCUGCGAGUUGUGAAGCGCGUUCCAUCCGCGAGCCGCAUCACCAAGCGGAAAGUGAAUGUGUCAAGCAUAAACCAAGCUGAACACACACACACACACCCACACACACACACACACACACACCCACCCACCUCAAGAGCUCUUAUGUUGGUCCAGCUCCAUUAUGCUCCUGACGCUGGGACAGAUCCACAUCCAGCCAGGAGCAGUGCGGAGCCGCAUGGGGCCAGAGUCCAACUGAAGUCUACAGGUAACGGCUAUAACUGGAAUGUGUUGCAGCUUCUCCACAGCCGCCGAGCAGGUAAACCUCACUCGUCAGGAUCGUUUUCUUCUACUGUCAGGACACGGAAGUGUUCACAGGGAAAGAAGGAGCUCUGUCUGAGGGAACAGUUUGAUUUCAGUUCAUGUAAAAUAUUAUUCAUAUACAUUAUGAAGGAUAAUUACCAGGAUGCAGGAAACUGCGUCACCUUCAUUAAGAUUUUCUUGUGGGGGAGGAUCUUCACCAGGAAGCUGUAACUGCUAAGGAAGCACUGAGAGAAGAUGCGUUCCCUCCAGAGUUCGUGCAUGCUGCAUGCAUCUUGUAUAGAUCCUAACACCAGUUAUGUGAUUCAGCUUUUUCUCCACUGACAUGAUUACUUACUGGGUACACAUUAGAUGAGGAACAUGCGUCGAUGACUGAGACCUUCACUAAAAAGAUUCACCAGGAACAAAACAUUUAGGAUUUUUUUAUUUUUUUGCACAAGAUGGCCGCACUAACUGGGAAACACAGCUGUACACUACUUUCAGACACAAUGCCGCUCAUUGUGUGUGCAGACUGCUUUGGGUCAUGCCAUAAACUAAACCGCUUAUGUUGAGUCGCAUCAGAAAACAUUCCUGACUCGGUUCCAGGAGCCCCAUGUUACGUCUGGACUCAAUCCUGUCAAGGUCCUGGCCCCCAAACUCCAGAUGGAUCAGUUAUGAAAUGUUCUCAGCCCUACUCCCAGUCUGGCAUGUGCACGUUAGUAAAGUAAUGGGUUAGUGGACAUGCUGGGAAACCGUGAUGAUCCACCGUAGACUUAUGAUCAAGCAUUAAUACGUCCAUGUGCUGCUGCUUCAUGAGAGGAAAUGGAACCAGGAGCAGAAGUCCUUAUGAAUUAUACUCGGAUAAGUUUAAUCCAUAACACAUUUUUUCUCCAUUAAUCAUGCUUUGUUCAGUUGAAUUCGGUUCAUUUAUAUUCUGUAGGUACAGAAAGUAAUCAGACCUCCGUGGAUUUUUCCACUCUUUCUUAAACAGCAGCCAUUUGCUAUGUAGAGAAUUAAACACUGGAAUCAACUCUGUUGGAGAUUCCGAAAAAUGACCAAUCAGAUUAACCUAUGAGGCUUAGAUCAUGUAUAAAUAUCCCGGAUACUUAUUUGAAAUAACAGGGAGUCGUAGUAGUAGUGGUACAAGAAAGUAGUAGAGUGUGGAAAGUGGUCAGUGCGUCCUCCAGCAGUCUAAGCCUAUAGCAGCAUAACUACAGAGAGAACUCUGGAUAAUCUAUCCUAUUUAGAUGUAGGCAUGUUGGAGGCAGGGCAAGGGAGAGCCGUCUUUACCGACUGUACACUCCACCUCCCUCUACUCCCCCACUUGUCCAGAUCUAGGCUAACGUCAGAUUUUAACCAUAGGCCCUAUCAAAUAAAAAUGUUUUGAUGCUAUUGUAGCUGUCAGUUGUUUAUUUCAAACACUUUGAAGAAUUUCCAGCUGGGGGCACUGUUGUCUAAUCAGUAGCUGACUGAUCCUGUGUGAAACCAGAAGUUGCUCAUUAGUUCAUAGGAAACACGGCUGUGUUGGCAAAGAAAGACUUUCUGCAAGGAAACACGCCCUGGCUGAGCUAGGAGAGGGAACUUUGCCUCAAACAAACCAUCAGAAUGGAGUUGCUGCCAUCUGCAAAGACAUGAUGCUGAUAUUAGUGCUGGUUGCUCUGAUUGCUGGAGGACUGAUAACCUUCCUGCUUCAGAGGAGUGGAGACCAGGUUCUGAAGACUGAGGAUGGCUGGUGGGGGGCCGGAGACCACUGUGAAACUCAGGAAGACGUGACUAUCUGGCCCUUUGAAGUUACCACCAGUGAUGAAGAGCUUGAGGAUUUGUACCGAAGGAUAGACCAGACGCGUCCAGUCCUCUCACUGGAGAAUAGCCAGUUUCAUUAUGGCUUCAACUCCCACUACUUGAAGAAGGUUGUCUCUUACUGGAGACAUGAUUUUGACUGGAGGAGACAAGUGACCAGACUGAACCAGUACCCCCAUUUUAAAACCAGGAUUGAAGGCAUUGAUCUCCAUUACAUCCACGUGAAGCCCAAGAAGGUCCCUGAGGGGACGAAAGCUGUUCCCUUGAUAAUGGUUCAUGGUUGGCCCGGCUCCUUCUAUGAGUUCUAUGGAAUGAUCCCUCUCUUAACUGAAAUGUCUGACUCGACAGACCUUGUGUUUGAGGUGGUGUGUCCCUCCAUACCAGGCUAUGGUUUCUCUGAGGCUCCACAUAAGACAGGUUUUGAUUCCGUUUGUGCUGCCCGCAUUUUCCACAAGCUGAUGAGACGUCUGGGCUACCAGCAGUUCUACGCUCACGGGGGAGACUGGGGCUGGUUGGUUACCUCCAACAUGGCCCAGCUAGAGCCCAGGAUCAUUAAAGGCCUGCAUGUAAACUUUGCACCACCUUCCACACUUGGGCUGCCUUUGGCUUUAUCCCUCAUGUUUGGCUGGUGGUUUCCCAGGCUGUUUGGCUUCACUGACAUGGACAUUCAGCGCCUCUAUCCUUGCAUGGAGAAGCUGGUGAAGGAAUCUGUCGCAGAGUCUGGCUACAUGCACAUCCAGGCCACCAAACCAGACACAGUUGGUCGGGCGCUGAAUGACUCCCCUGUGGGUCUGGCUGCCUACAUCCUGGAAAAGUUCUCCACGUGGACCUGUCAUGAUUUCAGGGACUUGGAGGACGGGGGACUGACCAGGAAGUUCACACUUGAUGACCUGCUGACUAACGUGAUGAUUUACUGGACCUCUGGUUGCAUCGUCUCGUCCAUGAGGUUUUACAAGGAAAACUUUGGUAAAGGUCUGGACCAGCCCCACUCCAAGAUGCCGGUCCACGUCCCCACCGGCUUCGCCUGCUUCCCCAAUGAGGUGAUGCAUUCGCCCAAACUGUGGGUCAAACAGAAAUACCAUAACCUGGUUGCCUUUUCGCCCAUGGCUUGUGGAGGGCAUUUUGCGGCGAUGGAGGAGCCCCAGCUGAUGGCAGAGGACUUACAGAAGUUUAUAAAAACCAUUGAGAAGAAAACAAAGCAGCCGUAGAGUUUGGUUUGGCUGCAAACCUAUUUCCUGAGUUUGUAGGGUUUCGCAGUGGCGUGUUAGCCAGCGUUUUACCAGCUGAUUGAGAUGAUGUUUCCUUUUUGAAAGCAGAAGUUGUUAUUGGAGGCAUCCUGCCACAGAUCAGGAGCAGGCUUCAGACCACCAAAGGGAGACAUUUGAUCCAGUGUGGGAGAUCCACGGUUCUGUCAGUCUCAUAGUGUUAGGGGAUUGUUUCUGAUUGAAACAGUCGAUGGUCUGUUCCUGCUGCAGAGGUAAAAACCACGAGUUUAAAUAUGUGUCCACAUUUCAACCAUGUCACAGUUUCUUAGAAAGCAUUUAAAACAGGAAACACAGAAAUAUAAUUCAUUACUCGGAUUGCAUCAUCACCUUAGCCGGUCAGUAGUGUGUAACGGCGCUCGCUGCGUUCAGACUUUAACGCGAGCAUCAAUAUCAGACCGAUGGUGGAAUGUUCUCUUCUCUACGCAGGGCUACAGUGACUCAGAACCACCUGCAUGGAGAUUAUGUUCCUGGGCCUUCACAACGCUGAUUAACUAACUGCUGUGCGAAGGUGUAUUGAUACCUGAGCCUGUGUGGGAAUCUGAUCUGUC